UUUACACAUAAAUUCUGAGCAAUUGUUUAUACAAAACAAAAGGCUACUUUCAAAGCAUAUUUUUUUAUUUAUUCGUUCAAUUUACAUCAAGAAAUAUUAUUAAUUUUGAUUUGCUUCAUCGUGUGUUUAACGUUUGUAAUCGUUCUUGGUUCAGCAGUAAUAAAAAGUAACAAAAAAUGGGUCGCGCCGAAGUGGGAACGCCAAAAUAUUUGGCCAAUAAAAUGAAGGCAAAAGGUUUGCAAAAAUUGCGAUGGUAUUGUCAGAUGUGUCAAAAACAAUGUCGUGAUGAAAACGGCUUCAAAUGCCAUACACAAAGCGAAUCACAUCAACGUCAACUAUUGCUAUUUGCUGACAAUUCCAAUAAAUAUAUCUACAGUUUUUCAAAGGAAUUCUCUGACGGUUAUGUGGAAUUGUUGCGUCGUCGUUUCGGGACGAAACGUGUUGCCGCCAAUAAAGUGUAUCAAGAAUAUAUUGCCGAUAAGGAUCAUUUGCACAUGAAUGCCACCAAAUGGCUUACAUUGGGUGAUUAUGUUAAACAUUUGGGGCGUGAAGGUGUUUGUGCAGUGGAUGAAACGGAAAAAGGCUGGUUUGUAACAUACAUUGAUCGAAGCCCGGAAGUAUUGGAGCGUCAAGCAAAAGCGGCCCGCAAAGAAAAACAAGAUAAAGACGAUGCCGAUCGACACAUGGAAUUUAUAAAUAAGCAAGUCGAACAGAAUGCACCAAAAGCGAAAAGUGUCGAAUACACCGAAUUGAAACGUGAAAAUGAAGAUGAAAAAAUUACACUGGCCAUCAAAGCGAAUAAAGUAAAAACCGAUUUACCGAGCACAAGUGGUUUGAAAAAAAUCCAAACGAACGAACGAAAAGAUGAUUCGGAUAUAUUUUUGAAGCCAAGCACAAGUAAAAUGCCAAUUAGUAAAAAAGAUGAUAGCCGUAAACGUAGUGCUCUCGAUGAAAUUAUGAAAAUGGAAGAAACCAAGAAGGAAAAACUUAAUCGCAAAGAUUAUUGGUUGGCUGAAGGCAUUGUGGUGAAAAUUAUCACCAAAUCAUUGGGCGAGAAAUUUUACAAACAAAAAGGUGUUGUAUUGGAAGUAAUCGAUAGAUAUGCGGGUAAAAUAAAACUUUUGGAAUCGGGCGAUAAAGUGAAGUUGGAUCAGGCACAUUGUGAAACGGUCAUUCCGGUCGCUGGUAAAUUGGUUCGAGUGCUGAAUGGUGGAUAUCGAGGUCAUAAGGCUUAUUUGAGGAAAAUCGAUGUAGACAACUUUUGCGUUAGUAUUGAAAUCGCUGCAGGGCCGCUCAAAGGUCGAAUCGUUCAAAAUGUUCAAUACGAAGAUAUAAGCAAGUUGUACACAGACUAAUCAUUUCGCACUAGGAUUUCUUGUAAAAGUUGAGUUUAAACCGAAGACAAUGUCCAAUUAUAUAGGUGACUAUUAUAAGUCAAGAGAAGAAAAUGAUUAUUAAUUAGUUUGCGAUGAUCUUAAUUAUAGUAAAUAAAUGCAUAUCUUUUUUAUGUAAU